AUUAGCUUGACGCAUCUGUAAUCUCCUACGUGAAGUGUUACAUCACGCAUUACGGAACAAACAGAUGACGUCAUAGGACCUUACUCCGUGUUCCAUGGCCCAUGUGGUCGAAGUGGUGCCGAGACUGCCGAUCAUAACAGCAUACUGAAAAAUUCAAAUUUAAAUAAUGAAUAAUCCAACGCUGAAAAAUCUCACAGAUUCAAACUUUGGAGUGCCACCUUCUAAGCAAAAUGAGGUAUUGCAAAUCCUGGGCGAACCUCAUGUGAAAAGCUUUAACUACAUGCUGGAAGAAGGAUUGGCUGCGGCUGUUGAAGAUCUAAAUCCAGUAGAAUUCAUGUUGAAUGAGAGGAAGGUUAAAUUAAUGAUUUCAAAUUAUACAAUUGCAAAUCCUUGCCUACCUUUUGGAACCAUUUGUGUUAAAGAUACAAACAUUUAUCCUUCUGAAUGUAGACAGAGAGCCGCUACGUAUAAAGGCAAACUUUUUGUGGAUGUAGAUUGGUAUAUAGAUGAUGUUCAGCAGCACUCAUUUCAAAAAGACUUGGGUGAUAUACCAAUCAUGCUAAAGUCAAAUCGUUGCCAUCUAUCUAAAUUAUCCCCAAAGGAGUUAGUUCUAAGAGGAGAACAUGAACAAGAGUGGGGUGGAUAUUUUGUAAUAAAGGGUCAUGAAAAGUUAAUCAGAAUGCUACUUAUGACUAGAAGAAAUUAUCCUGUUGCUAUAAAAAGGAAUACGUGGAAACAGAGAGGAGCAUUGUUCUCAGAAUAUGGUGUGUCAAUAAGAUGUGUCAAAGAAGACCAAACAGCCACAAACAAUGUAUUGCACUAUGUCACAGAUGGCAGUGCAAAAUUGAUGUUUAGCUACCAGAAGGUACUUUACUAUGCUCCAUUAUCUUUAAUUUUAAAGUGCCUAUGCAACUACAGUGAUCGUCAUAUUUACCAGAGGCUCAUACAAGGUUGCGAAGAUGAUUUGUAUUAUGUUGACUGUGUUCAACGAAUGUUACGAGAAUUGCAUGUGGAAAAUCUCCACCGAACGGAGGAAUGCCGCACAUACUUGGGAAGAAUGUUCCGUGUAAAGUUCAACGAGUGUCCCGCUUGGUCGAGCGAUGCUGAAGUGACGGACUUCAUCCUCAGAAAAUGCGUGCUGAUCCAUCUUGACUCGUUCGAGGACAAAUUCAGCGCGUUGGUGUUUAUGACGCAGAAGCUGUUCGCGUUCGCGCAAGAUAAGUGUAAGGUCGAGGGUGCUGACUCUGUCAUGAUGCAAGAGGUACUUUUAGGCGGACACUUAUACCUUCAGAUAGUGAAGGAAAAAUUGCAGUCAUGGUUGUUCACACUGCGUACGAACUUGAUAAAGAUGGGUAAAUCGGCCGGCGAGUUUGGCCUGAAUCAAAGUGAAAUGUUGAGAGCGGCCAAGUCAACUGGGGGCAUCGAGCACUCCUUGGAGCUCUUCUUGGCCACAGGAAGUAUUAAUAGCAUCUCUGGGCUCGGUCUUAUGCAGGACAAAGGUUUGGUCAUCGUAGCCGAAAAUAUCAACAGAAUGAGGUACAUGUCCCACUUUCGAGCAGUCCAUAGAGGAGCAUUUUUCCAAGAAAUGCGUACCACAGAGGUGCGACAGCUGUUACCGGAUGCCUGGGGAUUCAUUUGUCCUGUCCACACUCCAGAUGGGAGUCCCUGUGGGCUGCUCAACCAUCUUGCUAUGGAUUGCACCAUUACACAACAACCAGAUAAACUUAAGGUGAAAAACAUCCCUACCGUAUUGACGGAGCUAGGCAUGAUUCCAUUGAGGUAUGGAGAAAUUGUCGAUGUAAAAGACAGCUAUACAGUCCACCUUGAUGGUAGGAUUAUUGGUUUUGUUAUGAAAAAGGAUGCUGGAAAAAUUGUUGACAAACUGAGGAUACUGAAAAUAAGUGGUGAUAAAGUGCCUUCAACUUUAGAAAUAGUGUUAGUACCGAAGAAAAAUACGGUAUGUCAGUACCCUGGUAUGUUUUUGUUCACGGGUCCCGCAAGGAUGAUGCGACCUCUUUUGAAUUUGUAUGCAAAAAAAGUUGAGUUGGUUGGGACGUUUGAGCAAGUUUACAUGAAUAUUGCUAUAACUUCUGAGGAAGCAUAUAAAGGUGUUACAACGCAUAUGGAGAUGUCGAAGAUAUCCUUUUUGUCAAAUUUGGCCCAGUUGAUUCCGAUGCCUGAUUGUAAUCAAUCUCCUAGAAAUAUGUAUCAGUGUCAGAUGGGUAAACAGACGAUGGGCACUCCAUGUCACAACUGGGAUCUUCAGGCGGAAACGAAAUUAUACAGGCUGCAAACACCCGCGACUCCUCUGUUCAGACCGGUCCAUCAUGAUGAAAUACAAUUGGACGAUUUUGCAAUGGGAACUAACGCUAUAGUGGCUGUGAUAAGUUAUACUGGUUACGACAUGGAAGACGCCAUGAUAAUUAACAAGGCGUCCGAGGAACGUGGCUUGGCACAUGGCUCCAUCUACAAAUCCGAAUUCAUAGAACUUGACCAUGUCAGCUCAUUUUUUACAUUGAAUCCUGCCGAAGAAAAGUACAAAAGAUUUUUGGAUGAAGACGGUCUUCCUUAUGUCGGCCGCGUGAUGAAAGAAGGUGAGCCGCACUAUUCCUUCUACGAUUAUGAUAAAUCUCAGUACGUAGUGAGGAAUUUCAGAGGAAAGGAGGAAUGUUAUAUCAAUUCCGUGAGACUUUGUGAAAACUUGGGAACGAGGAACGCCUGCAGGAUUGCAUGCAUUACAUACAGAGUGCCACGAAAUCCUAGUGUUGGAGAUAAAUUUGCUAGUAGAGCGGGGCAAAAAGGAAUCUGCUCGCAAAAAUGGCCGGCAGAAGAUCUACCUUUCACAGAAACAGGUUUAGUGCCUGACAUAGUGUUCAACCCCCAUGGCUUCCCCUCCCGGAUGACCAUUGCCAUGAUGAUCGAACUGAUGGCAGGCAAAUCGGCGGCCUGUCACGGUCUCGUCCAUGACGCCACCCCUUUCCGCUUCACUGAGGAGGAUACCGCCAUCGACUACUUCGGCAAACUGUUGGUGGAGGCCGGCUAUGACUACUAUGGCAACGAAACUAUGUAUUCGGGCGUGGACGGCAGGGAAAUGGGCGCGAUGGUGUUCUUUGGAGUCGUGCAUUAUCAAAGGCUGAGGCAUAUGGUCUCAGACAAAUGGCAGGUUCGUUCAACGGGUCCGAUCAAUAUAUUGACCAGACAACCACUGCAAGGGCGUAAGAGAGGAGGCGGAGUCAGAUUUGGAGAGAUGGAAAGAGAUGCCUUGAUCAGUCAUGGGGCAUCUUUUUUGUUGCAGGAUAGACUGUUUCACUGCUCUGAUAAAACUGACGCGUUCAUCUGUAGCAGUUGCGGUACCCUUCUUGGUCCGAUAACCGUAAUCAAAAGAAUGUCAGAUAGACCUAACAGAGCUGAAACUGAGGAAUAUUGCAGGUUGUGCCAAAGCUCCGACAACAUUUCACAAAUUCAGAUUCCAUAUAUAUUUAAAUUUUUUGUUACGCAAUUAGCAUCUUGUAAUAUUAAUGUUAAAAUAAAUUGUGAAAAAAUGUGAUUCAUUGUCUCAAUAAAAUAUGCAUCCAAAA